AUGGAGAGCGAAAAAAAUGCUGCACAAGAUGAAAAGAAUAAAACCCUACCUGACCCUAAUAUAGAAGCUGAUAAAAACACAAAAGAUAAAGCUGAGACAAACGAUGAAGGAAAUGAAGACAAUGAGCAAAAUAAAGAUGGUGGAGAAAACCCAAAACCUGAUCAAACGGGUCAAGAGGAGCAAAAAGACAGUGGAGAUGUACCAAGUGGAAAAGAAGGUGAAAAGCCAGCCACAAUUGACCAAAAUGUGGUUGAAGAUGAUGAUACCCCUGAACCUGCUGAAGAAGGUGGAGAUGAAAUGGUUGAAAAGAGUGUAGAGAAGAUGACUGAGAACCCUACAGACAACGAAGACGAACAAAACACUGAUUUAGCCAAUGAUCUUGAUGAUGAAGAGGCUGAAGAUGAAGGUGGUGUUGAUGAUACUGCUGGUGAACCUUUAAAUGAACAGGACACGUUUAACAGCAAAACAGAAACCAAGGAUGAUAUCAGUCCAAAUUUUCAGUCAGAGAACGCAGAGAGCAGCCACUUCUUUGCCUAUCUGGUGUGUGCCGUUAUACUGGUGGCUGUGCUGUAUGUCACAAGGCACAACAAGCGCAGGAUUAUUGCCUUCGUCGUUGAGGGCCGGAGAUCAAGAGGCACGCGGAGACCCAAGACAUCAGAUUACCAAAAACUCGAGCAGCAUUGAGAGAAACCAGUCAGAUGAGUCAGCGGUGGUGGAAUCGAAAUAUUUGACUUGAUUUUGAAACUUGAAUUAAACAUAAUGAGUCAUGUAUCACCACUCAUAAACAUUGCACAGCAGCUGUCACGAAUUCAUCCCAAAUUAUAUUAAUAAUGAUGACAAUGUCUAUUGUAGCUCUACAAUAUCUGGGAUGAUCUUCAUUUAGGUUUAGAGCAUUACAAACACAUAACUGAAAUCCGCUGUGCAGGGUCAUAUUGUAGAUGUUGGUUCUGUGGCCUCUCGUUCGAUUU